CAAAUGACAUUGCGUGCUGCGCUUCUGAAUCCGAUGGCGCGAAACACUUGUCUUUCAAGUAUCAUACCGAAGCGAGAUUCGUAGGACAAUGCGGAAGAUUUGGCUUUGUAGACUUGCAAAGAACAGUUGUUCUGAGAUUUAUCCACGCGAAUUUUAAUUAACAAACGUUUAGAGUUAAAAAAAAUAAAUAAAUAAAUACAUACAUAAAACGAAGUUCGCGAGCGCGUUUGUCAAGAUGUACGGGAUGCUGUUGGAAAGUGUGCAAUAUUUUGUGCAGUUAGAAUUUGGCGAGGAGAUAUGGCAACAUAUUCUGGAAAAAUCUGAGAGCAAAUAUAUGGUUUUUAAUACGAGGCAAACAUAUCCGGAUGAACUAAUGACUAAUUUAGCGUCAGCUCUUGCCGAAUACACCGGUGAUACUAUAGAGAACGUUAUGCGAUUUUUCGGAAAGUGCUUCGUUCGAUUUUUCAGUAAUUUAGGAUACGACUGCACUAUUAAAGCAACCGGUCGUUACUUUUGCGAUUUUUUACAAAGCGUUGACAAUAUUCACAUGCAAAUGAGGUUCACGUAUCCAAAGAUGAAGAGUCCCUCUAUGUAUAUAACACACGUGGAUCCUGAAGGAGUUGUUCUAGUUUACAGAAGCACCCGACAGGGUUUUACGCAUUAUCUAAUGGGACAAUUAUUUCAAAUAGCGAAAGACUUGUACAAUACCGAAUUGAAUAUCAGAGUGUUAGAGAGUUCAAACAAUAUUCCAGGAUCUCGAAGCGUCAUGGUGAAAUUUCGUAUUGAUUUCGACAACCGCCAAUACAUCGCCAAGAGCAACGAAAUGAAAACUCCACUGGGACGUGAAUAUCCACCGGUUUCCUGCACGUUUUUCUUGCGACUUUUUCCAUUUGCUGUUGUAAUGAACAAGGAUAUGAGAAUCCUAGGAGCAGGUGAUAAACUGCUCCAGGCGUGGGGCGGCACAACAUCCAUUUUAAAUAAACCUGUUAUAGAAGUAUUUAAGCUAAGAAGACCCACAGGAAUUUCGUUCACGUGGGGAAACCUGAUGUAUUUGCACUCGGUGAUAUUUGAAUUAGAACUUAUUAGAGCGAACGAUCCCAAUUUCUCGAUUAAUUCGAACGAUAUGCCGAGCACGAGUAGCGGUCUGGAUAGGCGUGGAAGUCAAGGUGCGAGAAGUAUCUUGCUAAAGGGCCAGAUGCGAUACAUUGACGACAUUAAAGCGAUUAUAUUCCUUUGCAGUCCUCUAAUCAACAGCUUGGACGAUCUUUUUCACAUGGGACUGUAUCUGAACGAUCUGAAUCCUCACGGCCUGAGCAAAGAAUUAGUACUGAGAGGAUGGCAACAUUGCGGAAGGUUGGAGAUGAUGUUCGAGAGGGCGGAACAAAGAUCGGCCGAACUGGAGAACAGCUACGUGUUGCUGGACCGAUGGAAAUAUAAAAGCGACGAGCUCUUAUACUCUAUGAUUCCGCAAACGGUGGCUGAUCGAUUGCGAAGCGGAGCCAGUCCGCUGAGCACUUGCGAGUCGUUCGAGUCGAUAACCGUGCUCUUUUGCGAAUUAUGCGACUUCGAUUACUCAACCAUCGAGGGAGCGAUGGAUGUCGUCUUGUCGAUGAACGCCGUUUUUUCAUGCUUCGAUACGCUGAUGGAUCAAUUUAAUGUGUACAAAGUGGAAACUGUCGGACGUGUGUACAUGGCGGCGAGCGGAGCGCCAGAUAAAAAUGAGAACCACGCGCAGAACAUUGCCGACGUUUCUCUGCAACUUAUCGAGCACGUGCGAUCUCUCAAACUUCCCUCCGGAAUCGACAUACGGAUUCGUAUAGGAAUUCACUCGGGACCGGCUGUCGCCGGUGUGGUCGGUAUCAAGGUACCGAGGUAUUGUUUCUUCGGUGAUACCGUUAAUACAGCCUCUAGAAUGCAAACUACCAGUCUGCCGGGAAAGGUGCAUAUAUCAUCCAACACGAAAGCAUUGUUACCUAAACAUCGCUAUUGCACCGAAUCACGUGGCAUUGUGUGGGUAAAAGGAAAAGGAGACAUGGAGACGUAUUGGCUACAAUCAGCGAUAAACGACGAGAAGAAAAAAGAAAACAACUUGUCGAACGAUGACAACGACGAUGUGAUAGUCACAAGGCCUUCUAGUCACUAGCAUAUAAAAUUUUACUUAAAUAAAAUUUCACGUUUAGGUGUAACAUAAUAAUAUUAAAAAAAAAAAACGAGAUUGUCUUGUAUAGAUAGAAAAAAUUCAUU